UUCGCGAUUCUGAUUAGAGGGUCUCUAAUAAAAAGAAGUCAUUCGAAUGAUUACAGAUCAUUAAUUCAUUACGAGAAUGUCUAUGAAUGAUAAUCGACUAUACACAAUAAAUGACAUAUGUAACAGAAUGUCUAAGGAAUUUGUGACCGUCGAUGGCAAUGUGAGGAAGAUUCAGAAGGAGACUUUAACUCCUUACAAAGUAGCAACUGUCAUUCUAAUUAAAGAAUAUUGUAACGAUACCACAAAAACGAUCAUGGAAAGACGUAACUUUUGUUUAGCAUCGUUAAAGUUAAUUCAGUCAGCAGACAUGGAAUUUGAUGCUCUACUGAAUAUGUUGUACGAGCCAGAAUAUACCUUAAAUCGGUUUGCUGUUCGACUGGAAAUAAAUUUGGAAGCUAUACAUGAGAAAGGAAUCGAUCAACUGUUAGAUUUAUUUGAUAAUCUUCGCCGAUUAAUGGAAUCCAAGGAUCAUGCGUUAUCUUUACCAGCAUUAAGCAGAAAUUCCGUUCUUGGGUUAUACGUUCGUAGAAUGCUGAUUUUCUUUGAAAAAUUGGCCUUUGAUCAAGUGGUUGCUCUCUACAAUGAUAUGGAGAAAUAUGUUGUAAAGAAAAUUGAUAGCCUAGAGAACUCUGACAUUGCAAUCUCUAAGCAAGAGGAUUUUUUUGGUCCGGAUAAUAAAGCAAAAACAAUUUGGGGUGGAAGACAAGCGGAAUUACUCGUGGCACAACAAGCGCACGCUUUACAAACCGACGAGCAUAAAGCACUGCCACCAGUGAAGCUGCAAGCUCUUGUACAAGAUCUUCUAAAGUCUAAUCCUUACAACGCAGAUGCACAUUAUCUUAGUUAUUUAAACUGCAUCCGCGUGAACGACUUUUGUGGAGCGGUAGACAGUCUCUAUCACUGUUUUGAUAGACUGGCACCUCUGGAGAACCAAUCCACACCCGAGGAUCGAUCUCGUACCUUCCGUUACGCGGCACUCAACUUGGCCGUUUUACACGCCCAGUUCAAUCACAAGGAAGUAGCACUGUAUGCUUUGAAAGAAGCUAUUAAAUUAGCUCAGGAAACUGGAGACAACGUGUGUUUGCAGCUUGCGCAUUCUUGGAUGUCCUACUUAAUCAGUAAAGAGAACAAAGGAUCUCUGAUAGAACGCUCGAUUGGCAAAGCAAGUCUACUCGGAAUUACACAUACCACAGGCUUAAGUCUUAUUUCACACGCGCAUAGUUAUGCCUUAGAAGCCAAGAAUCCUCCUCUAGUAUUCGAGAUACUGAUGAAAUCGGACAUGUUAAACUGUCAACAUUCAAUGUCCGACUUGAUGUCUAUCAAUUUCGCAGAGAAAUCGGCAUUGUGGGCGUACUAUGGGAAAAUGGAGAUGGCUUCCCUUUGUGGCCAGCUACUACUUCUUCACAAUACGGGUGAUAAGAAGCAGCACAUGUUUAACGGACCGUCCACGUGCCAAGCGAUCGUCACUGUCGCCAAUAUGUUGAUCGAGUUCGGUGAAUACGUUCUCGCUGACGUUGUACUAGCACAUGCUAAGGAAAGAUUUCCCAAUAGUCCUUGUAACAAGAUCUGGAUGUUGAGCGAACAAUUGCACAUAUUGACGCAACUGCUGCGACAAGAAAAAUGGGGCGAGGCAGAAGCAGUAGCCAGGAAUAUCUCCAGCUUAGAUCAGCUGGAAUCCAAACUUAAAUUGGCAGAAGUUUGCCUGGCGAAAGGCGAUUAUCCGAAAGGAUUAGAGUACAUUGGCGCUAUCAAGAAGCAUCCGCACAUGACUCCGCCAUACGUGAUACGUGCCUUGCUUCUUUCUAGUCAGAUAACAUGUGCCUCCUCCUUGUCAGACAACGGGACAGCAGUUGCUACUAAUUGCAUAAUGCGUCUUUGUUCAGCAUUGAAAUUGGCCGAGCAGAAUCAUUUGUCAUACUACAAGGCACUUGUCAAGAUGCAUCUUGCCAAUAUACAAUUGUUAAUGGGUCUACCUGUGUUGGCUUUGAACUUGGUGGAAGAAGCUAUCCCUACAGUCUUAGGUCACGGUGGCUGUUACGAUCAGGGCAAGGGAUUUAUGUUGUAUAGCAAGUGUCUGAUAGCUUCAGCGCCAGAGAAUCCUUUCGAAGCCCGGAAAAACAUGAUUCUCAGUGGAAUAAAAACCCUGUCGAAAGCACAGGAGCUCUUCACGAAAGUUAAUGCCAUUGCCAAAGUUAAGAGCACUUUGCAUCUGCAAGCAGUUUUUUACAAUGAGAUUGACCUCCUGCCUGAAAGAAAUCAAUGCGCUUUCGAAUUUCGCCAAAUGGAUGAACAAUAUCCAACGACUCCUACCAAUCUAAUUUUGUAUUAAAAUUCGUGAAAGUAUAAUUUUGUACAAUGUUGUGUAUAUAAGUAGAA